AUGGCAUGGUCGGUCGAACUCUCUGAGUUCGAUGUGUCGUUUGAGCCGAGAGGUCCCAUCAAGUCGCAAUACCUGGCCGACUUUGUCAACGAGUUAACCCCUCCAGGAUGUUUCGAGGACGAGCCGUGGACCAUGCAUGUCGACGGGUCCUCUAAUGCCCAAGGUAGUGGUGCCGGGGUAAUCCUUGCUAGCCCCUCAGGUAUCAUAGUCGAACAAUCCCUUCGUUUCGGCUUCCGGGCAUCCAACCAUCAAGCGGAGUAUGAAGCUUUGCUAGCCGGGAUGAGAUUAGCGACUGAGAUGGGUGUGAAAAAGGUUAUAUGUUGGACCGAUUCCAAAAUUGUGGCCGAACAGGUCAAUGAUAAUUUCCAGGUCAAGGAUUCAAACUUGUUACAAUACUAUCACUUGUUCCAGGGACUCAAGGAUGGUUUUAGUGAAGUUCAGGUACGACAUAUCUUGCGUAUCAACAAUGAACAAGCCGACCAGUUGGCUCGGCUCGCCAGCAGCCGAAAGCCGGGGCAGUUGCGAACAACCAUCCAUCUUGAGAUUUCUCCAAGUGUGACUGCUGAGUGCAUGAUGACCAACAUAGAAACGCCGACCUGGAUGACCAUGAUCCAGAAUUUCAUCAUCCACGGAAAUUUGCCAACUGACCCGAUGCAAGCAAGAAAAGUACGAACGCAAACGGCUCGUUACUCGGUGGUGGACGACGAGCUUUAUAGAAGGGGAUUCUCCACCCCAUUACUUAAAUGCGUCAAUGAUCAGCAAGCCGAUUACGUGAUGAGAGAAAUACACGAGGCUAUAUGCGGUUCUCACUCAAGGGCGCGAACCUUGGCGGCGAAACUCCUACGAGCUGGUUAUUAUUGGCCGACUCUAAAGGGCGAUUGCGCCGAGUUCGUCAAAAAAUGUGUGCAAUGCCAAAAGCACGGAAACCUCAUCCACGCCUCGGCCACCGAAUUACAUAGUAUCAGCUCACCGUGGCCGUUCGCCUUGUGGGGCAUAGACAUACUUGGACCAUUUCCCAUAGCAAAAGGCCAGGUCAAGUUCCUCCUGGUCGCGGUGGAUUACUUCACGAAGUGGAUAGAGGCCGAACUGCUUGCCUGCAUCUCCGCCGCCAACGUUCAGAAAUUCGUGUGUAAGAAUGUGGUUACUCGUUUCGACAUCCCGUACACCAUCAUCUCGGACAACGACCUUCAAUUCACUGAGAAAAAGUUCAACUCUUUUCUUGAAAACCUCGGCAUCCGGCACCGGUUCACAUCAGUUGAACAUCCUCAAUCAAACGGGCCAGCCGAGGCGGCCAACAAAGUAAUACUGACGAAAUUAAAGAAGAGGUUGGGUUCGGCAAAAUGA